GGAGAGAAAAAGCAACCCAAGGUAAAGCCCAUACGAGCUUACUCGCUGGCAUGUGGUCGGAAGACGUUAACGUUAGGCUAGCUCUGAUUCAGGAGGACUUCGUAUCAGCGUGCAGCGCAGCCGUGAUAAAUAACUGACCUGCGUUAGUUUUUGGUGUAGCUAAACACCAUUUGUCACCGGUCCCGCCCUGAAAUAGUUAGGUUAUGUUAGCUACAUGAGUGAGGCGUUGCUAACAGGCUAGUGUACGAUCUGCAUACAAGGUAAGUGAAAGGCACCGGCGCUAAGCACUGGGAAUGCACGGACAUGGGUCGGUAAGAGGAGAUAAGCUAACUUGAAGUUACGAUAAUUGCAUGAACAAGGUAAUUAACCUGAAUUUACAGUAAUAUGGUGGAUAAUCUGUUAUAAAUUGCACCCGGUAAAAGCCAACAGUAAGUUAUCGUCUGAUCUUACGACGAAAAGGGGCCUCUGUUAAAGCUGUUGUGCUGUUGUAUGGAAUUUAAAAUCCAUAUCUAGCGUUAUAGUAACGUUAGCUAGCAUUGUCUAUGGAGAACGGGUGAAUUCCUGAAGUCGAUAGUUAGAACUCUAAAACACCUGUUUGUUUAGCCUCAACAUGUUCACUGAAGCUACACUAGGGCAGCAUAUUCACAGAUCGUUAAUGUUAUGCAAUCGAUUUUAAUAGUGUUUAACGUUAGAUGAGUUAUGUCUGAGCCCCUUUUUACACUGUAGAACGAUACAUUAGUCAAAUGUUUUAGUGUGUGAUCUAUUGCUGACUUUGCGGUAUCCAAGAUCAUAUGUUUUCUUGUGGGGCCUUAUCCACAAUUCAGACAAAUGCAUGCUGGAUCAGUGGCAUGUUGACCAUGGGAAUUAACUGUUUCUAAUGUAAGAAAAGAAGGGCGGUUUUGUUAAGAUGCAUUCUUUGUGCAGUAUCUGUUGUCUGAUGGGGAUGUAAGGAGAGGCUCUUCCCCUUAUUCCAUUGUCCAGUGACAGCUCCUGCUCGAUUUAGACCGUGCUCAGCAAUCAUCAUCACCACACCUCAUCUCAAAUUUGCACUUAUUUGUAGCAACACAGAUGUCAGCCAGUGCAAGACUCAAUAGUUCUCCCCCUGACAUUUUUCUUUAUAAGUAUUCGUAUCACACAUUUGAGCUAAGUGUCUUUCUGCAUACCAUUUGUUUAGUCCAUCAUUCUGUUUGUUUGGGGCCAAGCUGGGUAAUGUCCAUACACAGAUGUGCAGCACUAACUCAAUUACAGCUACAUUGCUUCCUGCUCUUUUCAGAGGAGUGUGUGCCUAGUCUCUGCAUUUAGGCUGACUUUUACUCUUCUUCUGGCUCUAAGAAAGACAGAGCAAAUCUUUGUGGAAAUGAUUUUGUAACAUUUGUUGUUUCUUUUCUUCUCAUUUCUCAUUACCAGGCCUAAGGAGUUCUUUUCUUUGUUUGUAUGUCAAGUGUUGGUAUGAGUCAAGUGAGUGUGUUUGUGUCUUCAUUGGGUGAAUUUGCUGAUGUUGACUGACACCUAGGCCAUGCAGUGUCAAUUAAUGGCAAAUGGCUGUUUAACAAGAUCUGACUGAGGGUACUACUCCUUGUCCAAAAUCAAGUGAAUGAGCCAGUGACCUCAGCCAUGUUUUGGAAGUUUGACUUGCACACAUCUUCUCAUCUGGAGGCUUUACUGGACAAGGAGGAUGUCACGCUUACUGAGCUCAUGGACGAAGACGAUGUGCUCCAGGAGUGCAAGGCUCAGAACAGAAGACUUCUGCUGUUCUUGUGCCAGGACCAGUGCAUGCAGGAGCUGGUCCAUAUGAUUACUACAGAGCCCCCUGCUGGUGUAGAGGAGACCAAGCGCUUCAAGUAUCCAAAUAUAGCAUGUGAACUGCUCACAUGUGAUGUGGGAGCAAUUAAUGAUAAGCUUGGUAAUGAGGAACCUCUGCUGGAAACUCUGUAUACCUUCCUAGAGCAGCCAUCCCCACUUAACCCCCUCCUAGCAUCAUUCUUUAGUAAGACAAUUGGAAACCUCAUCACACGGAAGACUGAACAGGUGCUUAGUUUCCUGCGACGGAAAGAGGGAUUCCUUUCUUUGGUCCUGAAGCACAUUGAUACAUCAGCCAUGAUGGAUGUGCUCCUACGACUUAUCAGUUGUGUGGAGCCACCCCCUCUUCGACUUGAGACUCUCACUUGGUUGAAUGAAGAGAAGUUGGCCCAGAGACUUAUAGAACUCAUUCACCCUGAGAGAGAUGAGGAGAGGCAAUCCAAUGCAUCUCAGACUUUGUGCGAUAUCAUUCGUCUGAGCAGAGACCAGGCCAAUCAGCUCCAAGAGAUUUCACAGCCUGACCCUUUGCUGACUGUGCUGGAGUCGCAGGAGUGUGUGGAGCAGUUGUUGCAGAAUAUGUUCUCAGGAGAGAGGACUGAGAGCUGCAUUGUCAAUGGGAUUCAAGUUCUUCUCACAUUACUGGAAAUCAGAAGACCUGUGGUGGAUGGUGUAAUGGAUGCUCAGGGAUUUGAGAGAAGUUACACUGUUAACAGCAGCAUUUUGUUGGCCAUCCAACCACAUCUGAUCCACUUCCACCAGCUACUUCUGGAGCCACCCAAGAAAACUCCUAUGCUGACUACUCUGGGUGUGCUGGAGGAACCACUGGGGAACACGCGUCUGCACGUAGCCAGACUAGUGGCCUCUCUGCUGUACACCAGCUCUGCCAGUCACGCUGUCGUAGCACAGGAACUCUGUAGACUCAAUACAAUGGACCUGCUUCUGGAUUUGUUCUUCAAGUAUACAUGGAACAACUUUCUGCACCUCCAAGUGGAGCUUUGCGUUGCUGCCAUCCUCCGGCCUUGUGCCCAUGAAAUUAGACUUCAGCCUGAUUUGGGAUCCCAGGACAAGUUCAAGCCUCAAGAGGAUGCUUCACAAGAGCAGGCUUGGACUGAGACCUCAACUGCUGAGCCUUCAGUCACCCCAGAAAACGCUGCACAUAACUUAAUGGUGACUCAUUUGUUCCAGCAUUGCCACCUUGUCCAGAGGAUUCUAGAGGCUUGGGAAGAGAAUGAUAAGAUACAAUCAGAUGGUGGAAUGAGAAGAGGAUACAUGGGACAUCUAACCAGAAUUGCCAACACAGUCGUCCACAAUCUGGAGAAGGGCCCGGUUCACACACAGAUUAGUAGCCUCAUUGCAGAGCUGCCAGAGGACUAUAGAGGGCGCUGGGAAACUUUUGUGGACCAGACAUUGUCGGAGACCAAUAGGAAGAACACCAUAGAUUUGAUUGGCACUGGAAACCCACGCCCUUCCUCAGAAGAUGAUAUGGAGAGUCCCUUCCCCAAAGAACUGACAAUACAGCAGGCAUUUUCAGACUACCAGAUCCAGCAGAUGACAGCUAACUUUGUGGAUCAGUUUGGAUUCAAUGAUGAGGAGUUUACUGAUCAUGAUGACAGCAUUGAGGCAACAUUUGACCGGAUUGCAGAGAUAAAUAUCAACAUUGAUGCAGGCCAGGACAGUGCUAACACAGCUGUGUUUGAGGCCUGUUCCAAGGAGAGGAUUCAGCCCUUUGAUGAUGAGGAGGAGGAGGACAUCUGGGAGGAGAAAGAGAUUAACUAUGCAACACAAACCAAGUGCCGGAACAGGUUUGGUGGGUCACAGUCCUCCCAGAGCCCAACAGCGAGUAGGAUCUGUGACAUGACAGCAGCUUCUGGCACUGAGGCCUCUGACAGAGCAGCAGACUCAGAUUCUGAGGAAGGAGAGGAGCCUAAAGAUGACUUGGAUCCUUUCUCAAGCAUUGGCCAGGAUGAGGCUACAAAGAGUUCUGGUUGGAUUGCAGACUUUGGGGAGGUGAACUCAAAAGCUCCCGCAGCAGGAGUUGGCUUUACAGCCUGGGACACUCCAGCCUCACAACCAGCUGCUGCAGAGGAGAAAGGGUGGGCCAAGUUCACUGACUUCCAGCCUUUCUGUUGCUCGGAAACAGGCCCCAGAUGCAGCUCUCCUGUGGACUCAGAUCUCAGCGGAUCAGACAACACCAAACCAAACCAGAACCCAUGUGUGUGGAGUGUGUGCGUGGCAAGAAAAGCUCCACUGGUGGCAUCAGACAGCUCUUCCUCCAGCAGCUCAGACAGCGAAGAGGAAGAAAGCAAGACAGAGUCUACAUCUGUUGAUAUGGUCACCACAGAGACCAUCACUACUGGUGCUGGCAAGGAGACCAUCCGGCUCACAGUGGACGCCAAAAACGGGAGGGCAGUCUUCACCAGAGUAUUCAGACCAGCAGUCAGACGCGAAGCAGAUAAAGUGCCAGUAGAGGGACUCUCCAUCAAAGACAAAGGGAAAAACAAUGAGAAAGAAGUUGAAAAAGGAGACUCUCCCAACCCAGCUACCACAAGUUCAACUAAUCAGUCAGCUGCUGUCACACAAGCAUCAUGUGUCACUUCCUCCUAAAACCUCUGACAGAUUUCAUGUGGUUUAGAGGUGUGUGUAUGCUGCUGUAUCCAUGUGUGUAGACAACUGCUUGUAUGUGUGUUUUGAGCUCUGAGAUACAGAGUGCAUUCUCAGGUCAAAGGAGAGGUAUGCAGAUACAAAGAAAGCACACCUGUGUAACACACACACACAGUGUCAUACACACAUGUAUACACACAUGCAAAAAGAAAAGUCCCCACAAGACACAGUGGUGUGCACAUAUCACCAUAUCAUCUUCAGAGCUGUUUAAUGUAAUAUUGUGAAAUUUGAACCUGUAUUAGGUUGUGGCUAAACUUGGUAAUAUGUAAACGUAAUAUCAAUGUAAACAGUAUAUAUAAAUGUUAUAUCUAUUUUUGGAAUAAAUCUAGUGUAUUGGAAAGGCGGUUGUGUUGCAGGUUGCAACAUAUGUAUUAUAUGCGUGUGUUGUACCUGUUGAAAUGAGGCAAUAACGAUGUCAGGUGUUUCAGUUAAUACACCAGCAUCAGUUCCUGUUCCUCUGCUACAUGCUUCCUACAUGGAAGUUUGGGAGGGUGCAUGUGUGCAUGUGUUGGGGCAUUAUUCUGUAAUUUUUACUUAAAGGAUAAUUGUUGUUUAUUACAACUUGGGUCUUUUUAUCAGUUUUCAACUAACUACCAGGUUAACCAGUCUUAUUGGGAAGAGAAAAUGAAGGUGAACAUCAAAUAAUAGCAAUACUGCUUGGCUUUUUACCCUUUAUUAUAUCAUGUGUGCACAUAUACUAUCUUAUGUAAUGAGUAAUUAUUAUCAUCUGGAGAGAAACGGUUGUAUUGAUUAAGCCAAUAGUUUAUCAAAAGAAAAAAUUAGCUAUUUUGAUAAGCAUCAAAUCUAGCUGAAUGUCAGUGUUUCUCUUUCUGAUGUGAUAAACUGAAUGUUUUGUGUUUUGGACUGCUGACUGAUCAUUUUUCUGUGUUUCUUUCUUCCUGCAUUUGUGGCAACAUUGCUGCAUAUAUUGGCAUGUUACCGCCACCUGUUGAUUGAUGGACUAAAGUGGCCCUGAUGGAGGGAAUGUAUAUCAUGUCACCCAUGCAUGUGUAUUUUUGGCUGCAUGCACAAGAAACAAAAUGCGAACUAAUCAUGUAAAAACCGCUGCAUAUUGAUACUAGAGGCGAAACUCUACAAGGAACCUUUAUUUAAAAAUAAAAGUAGGCAGCCCUACUCUCAAUGUUCUGGGAGUGUUGGCCUUCAUAUUUGCCUAUGGAUAAUGUGGUUUAGGUAAUCUGACUCAACUAAACAUUUUCUCUUGCCCCACUAUGUUAUUAAGUUAAUUUGUUUAAUACUAUCCAAUCAUAACUAAUAAAAAUCAAGGGCCAAACUACAAAACAUGGCAGAAGUUGUAAUGAACUGUAUUUAUCCUUUAACUUUGCAUGUGCCAGACAGUCUUGCUUUACUUUCUUUCUCCUAGUCUCUCUCUCUCUCUCAGGUCAGCUCAACUGUAAUCGCGUACAUGCCUGUGGAACGAUUUACACAGAUUGUAGAUUUAUUUUAAAAGCACUUUUUCAAGAAGCACUUUUGGUUUAUAUUUGGUGGUGCUAAACUACCACCAUAUUAUUCCCUACUUGGAGAGGUGGGAAUGUUUUGACUUGAAUGAGUGAAUCCUAUAGAUUCUUUAGAUAUAAUUUUCUUCAGUGCUUUCUGCCAAAGUGUGUCUUCCCACCAGUGUACAACUGGGUUCCAUAUCUGUAAAUUAGCCUCCUUUCUCGCAGUGGUCUUAUAGUUCUGGAUUUGUAUGAAGCAGUCUUUGUUUGCUCCCUCGCUUGUGUGUGUGUGUGUGUGUGUGUGUGUGUGUGUGUGUGUGUUUCCUUAAGUAAUGUGAUGGAGUUAUCAGCAGGAGGAGAGGAUGCAGCAUGUCAAAGAAAGACGUUAACGAUUCUUAGAUCACAGCCACUUCUGCUGUUUGACGUGGAGUGGCACAGGGAGGUAGCAUUGGUUUAAAUCAGGGUAAAAAAAAAAACAAAAAAAA